GCUACUGAAAGUGGCUACUGCUCACAGUGAAUGAAAGCUGGGGAGAGGAGGAGGGAGAACAGAGAGAAAAAGGUGUCAUCGCCCUGCUCCCUUGAUGACGCCGGGGAACACACGACCCUAUAAAAGACAUCCCAGCUCCUGAUCCCCUUCUCCUUUAGCAAAGCGGAGAAAGAGCUGGCUUCAGAGAGGGAAGGGGACAGCGUGUACUACUGACAAGCAGCAGCUCUCCAGGUCCAGCUGGGGUGACAUCCUUUAAGGUUUAAGCAGCACUACCCCAUGUGGCAUUGCUUGAGCCUGCUCCAAUCCCUCUCUCUCUUCCUCUAGGCUGCUUUGCUGAUCAACUUUCUUUUUUGGGAGGGCAAGAAGUGGGGGAGACUUUAACAUUGCCGGGACGAGGGCAGGACACUCAAGAUGACUGCUCUACCUGCAUCCAGCUGGCAUGCGAAUGAGAGCAGCGACUGGAACAUGAGCUUUGCUGGAUCAGGAGGCAACUGGGGGCAGGCUGGUAACAUCUCCUCCCCAAUAGCAUCCUCAGCGGCUAACUUCUCCAACCAAUUUGUGCAGCCCUCCUGGCGCAUUGCCCUGUGGUCUCUGGCAUAUGGUGGGGUGGUGGCCGUGGCUGUCUUUGGCAACCUGAUUGUCAUCUGGAUCAUCUUGGCUCACAAGCGUAUGAGGACAGUGACUAACUAUUUCCUUGUGAACCUGGCCUUCUCAGAUGCCUCUAUGGCUGCUUUCAACACCCUCAUCAACUUCAUCUAUGCCCUGCACAACGAAUGGUACUUUGGGGAGGCUUACUGCCGCUUCCACAACUUCUUUCCCAUCACUGCAGUCUUCGCCAGCAUCUACUCCAUGACAGCAAUUGCUGUGGACAGAUACAUAGCCAUUAUCGAUCCCCUGAAGCCCAGACUGUCUGCAACAGUAACUAAGGUGGUCAUUGGGAGUAUAUGGCUUUUGGCUUUCCUCCUUGCAUUUCCCCAGUGCCUAUAUUCCAUAACCAGAGUGAUGCCUGGAAGAACUCUUUGCUAUGUAGCAUGGCCAGGAGGUCUCAAACAACACUUUACGUAUCAUGUCAUUGUGAUUGUAUUAGUAUAUUGCUUUCCACUGCUUGUCAUGGGUAUCACUUAUACCAUAGUUGGAAUUACCCUUUGGGGAGGAGAGAUUCCAGGUGACACAUCGGACAAAUACCACGAGCAGCUCAAAGCUAAGAGAAAGGUUGUAAAAAUGAUGAUUGUCGUUGUAUUGACAUUUGCAAUUUGCUGGCUGCCCUACCACAUUUACUUCAUAGUUACAGGGAUCUACCAACACUUAAAUCGGUGGAAAUACAUUCAGCAAAUUUACCUAGGCAGCUUUUGGCUGGCCAUGAGCUCCACAAUGUACAAUCCCAUUAUCUACUGCUGCCUUAAUAAGAGAUUCCGGGCUGGUUUCAAGAGAGCAUUCCGUUGGUGCCCAUUUAUCGAGGUGUCCAGCUAUGAUGAGCUGGAGCUAAAGGCUGCCAGGUUUCAUCCCACCCGGCAAAGUAGCAUGUACACUGUCUCCAGAAUGGAGUCCACCACCACCGUGGUGUUUGAUCCCAAUGAUGGUGAUCAUUCCAAGUCCUCCCGUAAGAAAAGAGCUGCUGCGCGGGACACAAGCGUCAAUGGCUAUUCGUGCAGGAAUUCGAAAACCACUUCAACAGCCUCAAGUUUUACCAACUCCCCCUAUACAUCAAUAGAUGAGUAUUCCUAAGGCCCUGGGUAAAAUUUUUGAUGGGUGUGAAAAGAACAGUAUUGCACAUGAAAGCAACAAUGCUCUUCUACCAUCCAAGCUACAGGAUGACAGAUGAGAUUUAGUCAACAAGUC